AUGAAGUACACUGUGUUUCUAGUUGCUGUAUUUUUCAGCUGCGCUUUUGGCAUAGACACCGUUCCCUCUUUGAAUGUGACAAAAUAUCUUGGUCGCUGGUAUCAGGUAAAGCUGUGUACUGUGAUGUUCAUGAUUAUGUAACUGCAUGUACAGCUUGUGGACUACUUUGAGGGACGAAGUCUUUUUCAACGCAACGCUUUUCAAUGUUUUAACUGUGCAAUAACGUAUGUCAAAAACAUUUUAGGAUUGUAUUAUGCAUAAACGAUGCCGUUUAAAACCCAUUUAUUCGCACAGCAUGACAUGGCCGAUACAAGCCUGAAUGAAGGUUACAAACUUGUCGAAUACAUGCGUAUGACCCUAUGCUCUGCAGGGAAACAAAAUGUCAACCCAAAAAUACUGCAUGUUCCAUACAAUAGACAUUGAGCACUAGUUUGCAAAAAUUACUUGAAACAUUUUGAGUGAUGUCUACAUUCUUACCGUCGUUUGAUUUUGUGGUGUAUGUGUGUUUUGCGAAUAAAUGUAACCAAAAAUAAACUGUAUUGGUGCCACGGAUACCUGUUAGUACAAAAUGCAGACAGCAGACUGCAGACCGGAUACAAAAUAUAGACUGCAGACUGCAGAGUGGGUACAAAAUGCAGACUAAGAAUCUGAAGAGUUUUUACGUCUGGUAUAUAAUAACAUGUCAUCUUACAGCUUACCGAGCGUCACGCAAUCGCUUUUCUGCAAUCCGCCUUCACGAUUAUUUGCACUAUUGUGGAAUAUUCCUGGCCCAUUUCUUGAUGAAAAUCGAUCGCAAUAUUAUUUCAAGCCUUCAAUAUAGUCUUCUUACUUUGCGCGCGAGUUGAUUGGUGUGAUGUCUGUACAGAUUUUAUCAACGAGUGAUGGUAAAGCAAGCUUAAAACGGCAGAAAUCGCCAGAAAAUACUACGGAUACACAGGUAUGAGUAAGGUUUAUUGAUUUUACGAGAAAAAUGUUCCUAUUUCGAAAUAUGUAUCGUUGUAAAUCGACCAUACUUCGUUCCAUGGACUAUUCCUUAUAACGUGCAGUUCCUCUCGUAACUUAACACCGAGUCACACAACGCGUGACGCGUUCAUGAAUAAUCGUUGGCUUUUUCUCGAGACGUGAGCUCGGGCCGCUUGUGACAAGACAAUUGCGUUAUUUAACAUAACAACAUUCUGAUGUGAAAACAAACAUAAGAUUCACCUUUCUGAUCGGCCAACAGGAAGUUAACAAGGCCUAUUUACAGAAAGGUUUGCGCUAAUUCUUUACAAAGAGUUUUAUAAGCAAAAUCUCGUGUCCGUCAUGUGACCCGGCCCUGUCUGUGUAUUUAUUCGGCAGUGAUAAGUGGCGGAGGAAAAAAAAAAAAAAAAAAAAAAAAACGACAAAAAAACAAAGGCAUUUUAUGACUGGGCUACCACAGAAUCCAGGUACUGUAGUCAAAGUCUGGCGAAAGAUUAGAGUAUCUGUGUUCAUCAGCAAAUGCUCCUCGUUUUUCUUCUUUGAGCAGUGUUAUGUAAUAGGCUGGUAGUCACGUUAAAGUGGAUCGUAAAUCUCUGAUUCACGUUUCUUGCGUGCGCAAGCACAUCACGCGAUUAUUCUCCCUAGGGUGUAAUAGAGUGAAAUUUUCUCAUCAACACCUUCCCUUUGAUGUCCUUUCAAUUUCACUUUCUUUAUUUUUGUUUUCCCUGUGUGUGAACAGAUGUACGCCGACCCCGCAGUCAUGGAAACUUCUGAGCGUAACGCAGUUUGCGUGACAGCGGAUUGUAAGUGAACAUUCGUACUUGAAGAGAUUGUCUAGCAUACCACUGGUUACCAAAGCCCAAUUUAAAAUUGUUUUUACCAAAAUUAUUUUCAGACUCACUCCGAAAAGAUGAAAAAAUAGGAGUUCUGAAUAGAGGGAGACUCUACACACCGACAGGAAAGGAAAGCAGCAUCACUGGGUAUGCCUACAUGACCGACCCUAACGAACCAGGAAAGCUAACACUGCAUCUGGACGGCGUACCUUUCCUCGGUUCAUGUAAGUGUCGACGACGCUAAGCUAUUACGAAAAGAAAGGGAUGCAGCGUUUCCCUUGAACGUAACAUACAUGGUUAGUCUGAGGUGGGAGGGAACGAUCCGAACUAUCAUGAACGUGAACGAACGAACGAACGAGAGGGUCUGGGGAUCUCUGAAUACCGUAAGAUAGCAAGCAAUGAUUACACACAACUGCACUAAAAGCCGGUUGCAAAACAUCGAUAUCGCAAUGUCUUUUAUGCUUGGGUACUGUAGCCUGCGCUCCAGUCGCUAGCAUACCGAUGCGAGAAGGUAAAAAAAAAUGAGAUCAAUAAUGUAUUUACUGAGAAGCAAAAGCUAACGGAUACAUUUUCUUCCUAACAGAUUGGGUUGUAAAAUUAGGACCACCUACGUUUGGUGAAAAAGGUCUUUACCAGUACUCUGUGGUCACAGAUAGCAAGCAGAUUAUGUUGUUUGUGCUGACGAGAGACGUAGAAAUAUUCAAAAGCCAAUAUGAUGAGGAAGUGAGAAGUUUUUUAAAGGAAAACGGCUUUACUCACUUCUACAACAAGCCUGUAGCCACAUUACAGGACAAGAAAUGUUUGUACGGAGCUGAAAAGCCUUCUCCGUAUCAGACAGUGAAAGAAUUUCUUCGAUAUGAAUAGACAUUUCGGCCACAGUUGUAGUUUUGAAGAUGAAAAGAAAUAUAGCAAAUAAAAAAUCAAAGAUGUGAUGUGAUGUGAUUUGAUACACCUCAGUCUAAACCACAAUUCAGAGGAGAGGUCAACGUUGUAAAACUUGAUCUCGGUUUAAAAUGUUGAUAAGACUCGUAGCCACGAAACGUCAAAGUUAUCAUUUGAAAAGAUUUGAUACACUCUAUCACAGCUAUCAUGAAAAUUCCGCUUUUAAGUAACCGUUGAAAAUGAAAAGAGGCAUAGGCAAGAAUGGUCACAUAAAUACCCCCACCCAUUUACAAUCAUAGGACUAAGGUGCUAUAAAAAUCCCGGUUAGACAGUUAGUUGAAAGAGACAGCAAUUAAAUCAUUAUUUGAUUCGCUCUUGAUUUACGAUAAUCUCUUGCAACUACAGACACUACUGCCGUCGAUGUAAUAAAAAUUUCAAUUUUUCACCAGUGUUUACA